GCGGUUCGUUGCAAUGAGAAAGAUCGAAGACUCCUUUUGCUCUUCAAACAAGGAGUGAUAGAUCCUGCAAAUCGACUCUUCUCAUGGACUAGUGAAGAAGAAGAUUGUUGUUCAUGGAUAGGAGUUCAGUGUGACAACAUUACAGGCAGAGUUACAGAACUUGAUCUAGCUGGUCAGCUAUUACAAGGUGAUAUUAAUCUAUGUCUAGUACUUCAACUUGAAUUUCUCAACUACUUGGACUUGCACCAUAAUGAAUUUGUAACUGUGAGUAUUCCACCGUGCCAGCCCUCUAGAUCUUCUUCUGAUGAUCAAUCAGCAAAUCUUUCUGCUGCUUUACGUUACCUUGACUUUUCAUCUAAUUAUGAUUUGCCCAUCAAUGAUCUUCGUUGGCUUUCUGGACUUUCUUCCUUAAAUUAUCUUGAUCUGAAUGACUGUGAUAUUGAAAAUGAAACCAAAUGGCUCGAGUUUGUAGCUAUGCUUCCUUCACUAUCUGAGUUACACUUGAGAAGUUGUGGAUUGAGAGAUUUUCCACGCAUCAGUUAUGUCAACUUUACAUCUCUUUCAACUCUUGAUCUUUCUUUCAAUCUUCUCAACUCAGAAUUACCAUAUUCGUUAUUUAAUUUAACCAAUGACAUCUCUGUUCUUGACCUCAGCCACAAUGGUUUUUAUGGAAAAGUACCAAUGUCUUUGUUCAAGCUUCCAAAGCUAAAACAACUAAGCUUGAGCUUUAAUAGUAUCAAGGGGUCAAUUCCAGACUUGAUAGGCCAACAUGAACAGUUACAACAUCUUUUUCUCCGUGAAAAUUCAUUCAAUGGUUCAAUUCCACCAUCUCUUGGAAUCUUUGGUGUUCUCUCAGAAAAGAACUUUGCCAAUCUCUCAAACUUAACAUCAUUAUAUUUGAGUUCAUCUGGUUUCAAAUUCCACAUUGAUCCUAACUGGGUCCCGCCGUUUCAACUUGAAUAUUUUGAGUUGAGAAACACAAGUCUAGGUCCUACUAUUCCCGCUUGGCUAUAUACACAACGGUCACUGAGAUGGCUAGACAUUUCUGGAUCAGGAAUUUCAACCAUAGAUGACACAGAUAUGUUUUGGAGCUUUGUUGCAAGAAUCGAUAGUGUCAAUCUAUCAUACAACUUGAUGAGUGGAGACAUGUCCCCCUUGACACUAAACUCAACAUUUAUAAAUUUAGAGUAUAACAGUUUCACAGGUGGCCUCCCACAUAUAUCAUCAAAUGUUGUCAACUUUUGGGCAUCUCACAACUCUUUCUCCGGAUCUAUUUUCCCAUUGUUGUGCCAUUCAAAGAUUAUUAGUAGGGAAAAGUACAGUUUGGCUACUUUGGACCUAUCAUAUAAUCAUUUAGGUGGAACACUUCCUAAUUGUUGGGCCAAAUAUUGGGAACAAUUAAUAUACCUUGAUUUGGGGAGUAAUAAGCUGACUGGUGAAGUUCCUCCAUCAAUUGCUUCAUUGAAUUUUCUUGCAUACUUGGAUUUGAGCAGAAUUUUGCCUACACUGCCACAAAACUUGGUAGUUAUCAAAUUGAGGGCCAACCAAUUUACAGGCAACAUUCCAACACACUUGUGCAAUCUCUCUUCUUUGGCAAUACUUGAUCUUGCUGAUAAUACGCUUUCAGGCUCAAUACCUAGUUGUCUAAAUAACAUCAUGCAUCCAAUUAAUGCAUCGUUGUGGUUGAAGGUAAUAAAGCUAUCUGCUAAAGGAAGAGAACUAGAUUAUAAAGACGUUGAAUUAUUGCGAUUGAUUGAUCUUUCUGCGAACAACUUUUCUGGAGAGAUUCCUAAGGAAUUGUUUAGUUUGAUUCAAAUGUGGUCCUUAAACUUGUCUCGAAACCACUUAAGAGGAAAGAUUCCCAGAGAAAUUGGAGGUAUGAAAAACUUAGAAUCUUUUGAUCUUAGUUGCAAUAAACUUUCGGGAGAAAUUCCUCCAGCCAUUUCUAACUUGUCUUUUCUCGAUUAUCUGAACCUAUCAUACAACAAUUUUGUUGGGCAAAUCCCACUGGGGACUCAAAUUCAAAGUUUUGAUUCUUGGAGCUUUGUUGGCAAUCUUGGACUUUGUGGAGAUCCUCUUCCAAAGAGGUGCAAUAAGAAAGAAGAAACUAACAACUCGAAUCAGGCUGAAGUGAAUGAAGAUGACUUUUUUUUAAGUCAUUGUACCUCGGGAUGGGAGUUGGAUUUGCAGCGGGCUUCUGGGGAGUUUGUGGUUCUCUCUUUCUCAUCAGGGCAUGGAGACACAAAUUUUUCCGAUGGUUUAAUCGUUUGA